CUCGACGGCAGACUCUCCCUGUUGUUCGUCGACCGGAGGCACCGAUAGUCGCAAUAAUAGCCAAACCAAUGCACCCAACAAUUCAAACAUGAAUUUAAACCCAACCGACGAGACAAACCAUUUGCAGUCAACUGUCCCGCAGUCGACCGCUCCUUUAUCUCCAUCCACUUCAUCCGUCUGUCCGCUCACCACUUCUUACGACUCAAGACUCAUAGCAGGACACUAUUCAAGACUCGGAUCCUUUUAUGGCUCCUCUUAUACCGAACAGAACUCUUUUUAUACCUCCGGAACCAAUCCUUUCUACUCUUCAUUUGCAAAUCCUUAUGAUUUAAAGGACCAGAAUGGAGGACCCGGUUGGGGAACAUUACCCCAAACCACGUGCUAUCCCUAUGAGCCUACAAUAUACAGCCCUUACGGCGAAAGGUAUAACGCAAUGGAUAGCGCGACUCGACGUAAGAACGCCACCCGAGAGACCACUAAUACGCUGAAAGCCUGGCUCUACGAACACCGCAAGAAUCCCUACCCAACCAAAGGGGAGAAAAUAAUGCUCGCAAUCAUCACUAAAAUGACAUUAACUCAAGUCUCGACGUGGUUUGCAAACGCUCGGAGACGUCUGAAGAAGGAGAAUAAGAUGACGUGGGAGCCCAGGAAUAAGAGCACUGAUGGACACGACUCCGAUGAUAAGGACUCGUGCAGAGAUAGUGACGACAAUUCAUCAAAUAUCGCUGAUAACCAGUGCCUCAAUGGCGGCAAUACUGCUAAUAAGCUAUCGGUUAAGAAAGAAUCCGAUUCUGGCUCUGAAAAGACUAAUACAGGUGUGACUGCACUGACACCCCAUAGACGCACCGAU